AUGGUUUUGAUCAAAUGGAGGAUGAAAUCCAGCUCGAGCCACAGACCGGGGACGUUUCUAUGAGUGGAAUUAAGUUGUCCAAGAAUACCCAGAAUUUCAAGAAGAUUCGAAAAAGGAAGCUAGCUACUAAAGCAACUCCAAUUGUAGAACCACAAAUCUCUUCUCCGAUGGUUCAACGCUGGUCGGAUCUACUGUUGUUUCUGAUGAAUCAGAGUGUUUAUGUGAUAAUUUGAAUUACGGGAACUGCAACAAGUCUUACAAGAGAUCUCGAGUCGAACAUGUGGCAGCAUCUAAUAACCGAUUCAGUUGGUUCAAAGUAUCAAUGAUGCACCCAGGCCAUGCAAAGAAGAUGUUGAGUGAAACUGCUAAGCUUGGAAAUCGAGGAUGUGUUUCACGCGGCUCUUCCAUCGAGCAAUCCAAAAUUGUCGCUGUACUAUUACACAUUCAAGGGAAAGUCAAUCGAAGAUGAAGAGAAAUUGAAGACCGCUGUUGAGAACAACUUCGUGGAAGUAUUCAAUGCGGAGUCAUUGCUCGGAAGUGUUGACAAGUCUUUCUUUUUCUACGAAAUUGAUAUGAGAAGUGCGUCGAUUCUUUGCACAAUUGCCACUUUCUUAAAACAUUGGAAGACUAAGCCUCUUCUGCCACCACUGGAGCUGAUUCGCAGCCACGAGCAUUUUUCAAAUGCUCUAAACGAUAGUGAAACAUAUAAGAUUCUUGAAAAAUAUGUGUCUCGCAAUGGAAUGAAGAAGCUCAAGGCAUGGGACAGCGACACCCUCUGGUAA